CACGCGGCCUGCGCGCCGCCCUCGACCUUCCGUCCCCAGAAAUCUUCGACGCAGCCGCGCAGGAGAACGCACUGAGCCUCGACCAGCCGCGAUUCCGUGAAGACUUGGAAAGCAAGAGAACCCGCAUGGACUCCUUCUCGUCGCCGUCGAUGUCGUCGUCCGGGUCGCCCCCCAACACGGAGGCGCUCAUGGACCAGAUCAAGGCGCAGCUCGCUCAGGCUUAUGCCCAGGAGUUUCUUGAGACUGUUGGAAACAAGUGCUUCGCAAAGUGCGUGACUAAGCCAGGAUCAAGCUUGAGUGGAAGCGAGAGCAGUUGUGUGUCACGCUGUGUUGAACGUUACAUUGAGGCAACUGGUAUCAUCAGCCGAGCUCUGUUCAGCUCCCAACGUUAAAGAUGUUUAGCAGUGUUAUGCUUGCUACUGGUAUUUUCAUCUGGGAUUUGUCUAGUUUUAAGUCAUCAGUAUACAUCAACAGUUCGGCUUAAUUUGUCAUGCAGUGGUGAAUGGUGAUUGCCUAAUACGCUGAUGGUUUAUUUUGCACCAUGCUAGUUAGUUUUUGCGGAAGAAACAUUGUGUUGAGUCGCAUGGUAGUUAUGCUCGUAAUCUCCUGCAAUUUCUCUUGUUAUUAUACUUUCCAUUGUUGCCAAGGGAAUAAAGAGCACGCUAUCCUGAUUGACAGGUUUUAUGUUGUUA